AUGUCCCUACCAGGACUUCUGAGAAAGCCGAGGCAGCCAGGAGUGGCGUUCCUGGCUGCUGCUGUCCUACUUUGCUGGUCCUCGACGUUUGGGAGGUCUCAGCCGAACUUCGUGUCUUCGAACGUCCAGGUGUCUAGUCGAGGUGUCGCAGGUACAUCGGCUGUUCAGGCAAAUCAAGCACCUCUUCGAACUGGAGCUUCGUCUGAAUCCGUGCCCAGUCGUCCCAGCCACUCCUUUGCAGCCUGCGCCGGGCUGGCUGUCCUUGCAUUGCUGGCGCCGAGGCGGCAUGUGCUCAGCCGCAACCAGUCGGCUGCCCCGCGCGUCAUCAUGCAUGCCAGGUCAGCGAAGCCUACCACGCCGUCCGGCAGCCCCAAGAACAAGCGGCGCAUGGCCGCAGGAAGGAAGAGGCCCAUCUACAUGGGCCGGCAGUUGGCCGUCCGUGUGAAUCCGCGCACAAACAAGCCCGUGCGAUACAAGAUGCACGUCAUGCCGGGCGACAUCGUUCAAGUCAUGAAGGGCAAGGACAAGGGCAAGGUUACGGAAGUUCUCAGAAUCUACCCGAAGUGGAACAAGAUCCUCUGCCUGGGCGUGAACUACUGCAUCAAGCAUGUCAGGCCGAUGCGUGAGGAUGAGGUGGGCCAGCGAGUGCAGGUGGAAGCUCCCAUGCAUUCGUCGUGGGUCAUGCACUACGACGAAGAGGAGGAGGUAGCUGGCCUGUUGGGCGUGCGCUUCGAGAAGCGUACCUUAGAGGACGGCAUGGAGAUUGUGAAGAAGGUCCGGUACAACAAGUCUACUGGGAACGAGAUUCCGGUAUCGACACCAUCAAAAUGGGUUCCCGUGUUGGAUCGUGUGGAAGAUGAAGACUGA